AGGAAAGCAGGGGAGGAGGAAGAGAGAGCUCCGAUGGCGGAAUCGUGCCACGACGUGGAGGUUCCCGGCAAGCCGACGGAGGUUGGGACGGCGCUGCUGGAGACGGCGACGGGCACGAUCCAGGGGUUCGCGCCGGUGAAUCAGAUCCACCAACACCUGUGUGCGUUCCACUUCUACGCCGACGACAUGUCCCGGCAGGUGGAGGCGCACCACUUCUGCGCGCACCUCAACGAGGACGUCCGCCAGUGCCUCGUCUUCGACGGGCCCGGCGCCGGCGCGCGGCUCAUCGGCGUGGAGUACAUCGUCUCGGAGCCGGUGUUCCUGACGCUGCCCGACACCGAGAAGCCGCUGUGGCACACCCACGAGUUCGAGGUGAAGGGCGGGGUGCUCUUCAUGCCGGGCGUGCCCGGGGUGGUGGAGCGCCGGGACCUGGAGAAGGUGUGCAGGACCUACGGCAAGACCGUCCACUUCUGGCAGGUGGACCGCGGCGACGCGCUCCCGCUCGGGCUCCCGCAGAUCAUGAUGGCGCUCACGCGAGAGGGGCAGCUCCGGCAGGACCUGGCUGACUGUGUGGAGAAGAAGUUCGGCGUGUCGUUCCAGAAGGAGAGGGAGAACCGGGCGUACAUGAGCGGGCUGGAGCACGGAAUCCACCCGCUGGCGAACGCCGCCGGUAAGGGACUCAAGACCGAGAUCCGUGAGGUGGACAUCCCGGCGACCACGACCGCCGGCGCCGCCAGGGUCUUCACUUGAUCGCCGUGGGUGGCGUGGCGAGUGGAUCCGUGGAUGGUUGGAGUCUGCGUAGUGAUAGUAGGGUAGUAGCUACUAGAUGGUGCGGGUUAGUCGGUGGGUUAACAGCUUUGUGUUCGGAGUGCCUCCGUUCCUUCCAGACAGUCUCGGACUCUGCGAUCCGUGAACUGUGAAUUUCGGUGUAUAACAUAAUAAUAAUGGAUCGUUUUGAAGUGCAA